AUGAAACUAGGGAUUAUUGUCGAUUCGUCUUGUGCCUUAAGCGAAAGGGAAGCUCAAGCGAGAGGAUGGGGAUUUUUACCCAUUAUCGCCGCGAUUGACGGCAAAGAUUAUUUGGAUGGCGUUGAUUUAACAGCUGAGCAGUAUUACAACAUGAUCAAACUUGAGAUGCAAGUUAAAACUGCCACGACACCGCUUGGUUUAGUUGAGAAGACGCUCAAAAGAAUGGUUGCUAAGUACGACUACGUGCUAAUUUACCCUCUUUCUAAACAUUUAUCCGCUCAGACCCAAAACUUAAUCAACAACAGCGCGUCCAUGCCUAACGUUUUUGUCGUCCCUUCGGAGGCGGUCGGGUACUCAAUCGUAACCGAUUGUGAAAUUCUCUUAAGUUUAGCUAAGCAAGGUCAGCCGUGGGAAAAAAUCAAACAGGCAGCGGUGCAACUAACCAGUCAGCAGUUCGGCCUAGCGAUUCCUAAGACGUUAACUUGA